UCUACCCACAUUGCUCGAGCCAGCUUCCAGGUUGAUGCUUUUGGAUCAUCCUUCAUCUUAGAUGUGACACUAAACCAUGACCUGCUGUCUUCUGAAUAUCUUGAGAGGCAUAUCGAACAAGGUGGGAAGACAGUGGAAGUUAAAGGAGGAGAACAUUGCUAUUAUCAGGGAAAAAUUCGAGGAAAUCCUAUAUCAUUUGUUGCCUUGUCAACAUGCCAUGGAUUACAACAGUGGAAUGUUCUAUGAUGGAAAUCAUACCUACCUUAUUGAACCAGAUGAAAACUACACUUCAGAUGAUGACUUCCAUUUCCACUCUGUUUACAAAUCCAAGUUGUUUGAAUUUCCUUCAGCUGACCUGACGUCUGAGUUCUGGCAGAUGAAUACUACAUCACAGAAUUUUGUUGUAAGACCAAGACACAAAAGAAGGAAAAGGCAGGUUCGUCAGAUUCCACGUAAAGUUGAAGAGGAAACAAAAUACAUUGAGUUGAUGAUUGUAAAUGAUCAUCUAAUGUGUAAAAAGCACCGCUUGUCAGUUGGCCAUACCAACAGCUAUGCUAAAUCAGUAGUGAACAUGGCAGAUUUAAUAUAUAAAGAACAACUUAACACCAGGAUAGUGUUGGUUGCCAUGGAAACCUGGGCUACUGAUAACAAGUUCACCAUAUCUGAAAACCCCUUGGUGACUCUACGUGAGUUUAUGAAAUAUAGGAGGGAUUUUAUCAGAGAGAAAAGUGACGCAGUUCACCUUUUUUCGGGGAGUCGAUUUCAGAGCAGUCGAAGUGGUGUAGCCCACACUGGUGGAAUCUGCUCCUUGCUUAAAGGCGGAGGUGUGAAUGAGUUUGGAAAGCCAGACUUAAUGGCAGUUACCCUGGCACAGACCUUGGCCCAAAACAUUGGCAUUUUCUCAGACAGAAGAAAACUUCUAAGUGGUGAGUGUAAGUGUGAGGACAUGUGGUCUGGAUGCAUAAUGGGAGAUAUGGGGUACUAUCUUCCAAGCAAGUUCUCUGAGUGUGAUAUUGAAGAGUAUCAUGAAUUUUUAAACAAUGGAGGUGGAGCCUGUCUUUUCAAUAAACCAACCAAACUUCUGGAUCCUCCAGAAUGUGGCAAUGGCUUUGUGGAAGAUGGAGAGGAAUGUGACUGUGGGACAAUAGCGGAGUGUGCCAGUGAAGGAGGAGAGUGCUGCAAUACCUGCACCCUGACCGAGGGCUCCCAGUGCAGCAACGGGCUCUGCUGUCGGAAGUGCCGGUUUGAACCUGCAGGAGUUUUGUGUCGAGAAGCAGUGAAUGAUUGUGAUAUUGCAGAGAACUGCACAGGAAAUUCCAGCCAGUGUUCUCCUAAUAUCCAUAAAAUGGAUGGAUAUUCAUGUGAUAACCGACAGGGUAUUUGCUUUGGAGGAAGAUGCAAAACCAGGGACCGGCAAUGUAAAUAUAUCUGGGGUGAAAAAGUGACGGCUGCUGACAGGUACUGCUAUGAGAAGCUGAAUAUUGAGGGGACUGAGAAAGGAAACUGUGGAAGAGACAAGGACUCUUGGAUACAGUGCAAUAAACAGGAUGUGCUUUGUGGAUACCUUCUGUGCUCCAAUAUAUCCAGUGUGCCCAGACUUGGAGAACUUGAUGGUGAAAUUACGACAUCAAUCUUGCACUAUGGAAAAGUCUACAAUUGCAGCGGUGGCCACGUGAGGCUGGAUGAGGACACAGACCUGGGCUAUGUGGAGAACGGGACGCCGUGCGGGCCCGACAUGGUGUGCCUGGACCAUCGCUGCCUCCCCACCGAGGCCUUCAACUUCAGCACCUGCCCCGGCACUGCCGACAACCACGUCUGCUCAGGACAUGGGGUUUGUAGCAAUGAAAUAAAGUGUGUCUGUGACCGAUUCUGGGGAGGAGAUGACUGCAGUUCUCACAUCAAAGAUUAUCUAUUUUUUAAUAAAGAUGCCAUCAAUAAAGGUGUGGUUAGCACAAAUAUAAUAAUAGGGGCUAUUGCUGGCACCAUUUUAGUGUUGGCUCUCGUUUUAGGAAUAACUGGUUGGGGUUACAAAAACUACAGAAGACAGAGACAAAUACCCCAGGGAGAUUAUGUAAAAAAGCCGGGAGAGGCCGACUCUUUUUAUAGCGACAUGCCUCCUGGAGUCAGCACAAACUCUGCAUCUAGUUCUAAGAAGAGGUCAAAUGGAUUAUCUCAUUCCUGGAGUGAAAGGAUCCCUGACACAAAACAUAUUUCAGACAUUUGUGAAAAUGGGAGGCCUAGGAGUAAUUCUUGGCAAGGUAAUAUAGGAGGAAACAGAAAGAAAGUCAGAGGCAAAAGAUUUAGGCCACGGUCUAAUUCAACUGACCGGGUAACCCAUGCAUCUGAACCUGGGCUUUCUCUCGCCCACCAAAUCCCUGCCCAAGGCAUAAGCCCAGGGGGUUCCGACCACCCCCAAACAGGGAGUCGGGAUCACAGGUAUUUAAACCCAUGGUUCAAAAGAGAAUAUAAUGUAGCUAAGUGGGUAGAAGAUGUGAAUAAAAACACAGAAGGACCAUACUUUAGGACACUGUCUCCUGCAAAGUCUCCGUCUUCAUCCACUGGAUCUAUUGCUUCCAGCAGAAAAUACCCCUACCCGAUGCCACCACUUCCUGACGAAGAGAAAAAAGUCAACAGGCAAAGUGCCAGGCUAUGGGAGACAUCCAUCUAGCUGCACUGUUUUCCUGGGGUCACAUCAGAACUGUUUACUUUGGAUUUUAUAGAAACUCAGCAUCACUGAGUCACUGCACAUUCAUCUGCUCUUCAGACAAUUCAAAAGAUCAACAGAGAUGCUCAUGAUAUCGCAGUGAUAACCUCCUCUCAUGUGGAAAGGAAAAAAACAGUAUUUGUUUUUCAUUCUUUUUUGUUGACUUGUACUUUAUGGAUUUGAUGGACAACCAAAAUCAUAACAUUUGAUAGAGAAUAAUUAGCCCAGAUGUGACAAGGCUGUUCCGCAUGGUGACCUAGAAUCCAAACUGCAGUCCAUUUGCCAGUCCUGUGUCAGAGAGGUUUUUCUCUGGUUUGUUGCAGUCCUGAGUCAGACCAGAGUGGAACUGGGAACGUGCCUCACAGAGAGCCCAGCUGAUGUAAACUUGUACGCUGUAUGCAUGAACCUUGUGUUCUUUACUUUACACAUGUAAGGGAAAAACAACAUACUGUAGUAGAGAUUAGCAUGCAGGAGUAAGAAAUAUAGGACCUUUUUUUUUCGCGACAGGAUUUCAAGCUUUGAAAGGUAACUAUUUGACACAAUGGCAAACAAACAAAGAUUAUACCUUUUUUUUUUACCUUACAUGUUUAUAAUCUCAGUAUACAGAUUGUAUAUAUGUAAACAUUCAAUAAUGUCAAAAAUAGCUGUUAUACGUAUGUGUAUUUUGCCAAAUGCCUAAAGAAACAGUCAUGACUAACAUCAUCACACUUCAGAUUUUCUAAUAUUAUCAGCAGACAUCCUUGGAAUUACAGAAAGUACAGUACUGUAAAACUGUGUCUCUCAGAAACUGGUGUUUGACCAAAAUCUAUACAACUUUUUCAGCAUCUUACACUGUCUUGACAAUCUCAAUUGUACAGUAGACUGUGGAAACCAGUACAGCAGCACUUUGUCUUAAAUCAUCAUAAGAGGAACCAGCCAAAAUCUCUUGUUUAAUAAGAUAACCACUGUGUCCUCUCACAGGUGUGAUUGAAAAUGAUUAGGCAGACAACAGUCUUUAAGUAUUGUGCAGCACAAACUUACUGGACAUUUGGGAAUAUUUCUAAGUAGUCAAUUCAGGAUGUGGUGAUGUGAAGUCUGUGAGAGUUGCUGUGUAUUUUUGAUAGAGCAUUUCAGACACUGUUUUAGAUGGCAAGGCAUUGGCUUAUGAGAAGCAUAACGAUUUCACUGCACUAGAUAAUAACAGUGCUAGGCAAGUGGCCAGUUUCAUUGCUGUCUUUCAAUUUUUAUUUGUUACUGGAAUCACCUUUACCAUGCGCUUGAACGCUAUGCUUGCUGCCCCUGAAGCCCCCUUGACAAUUUUUUGGGGGCAUUAAACUGAGCACAAGUGAAUUUAGCUUAAAAAGUAUGGGGUGUGAGGGAACAACUCUUUACCAUGUUAAUCUUGGAUAGUUAUAUUUCUAGCACCUGAGACUUCUAAAAGUUGUUGUAAAGCAAAUGCCUUCAGAUUGGGAAUUUUCAGUUAGUAAGAAACUGGACCGUAUUAAAUCAGUUUAUAAUUAUCUUGUUUUCCAAAAAUGACUACAUCUUAGCUUCAGGUAGUACCACUGCAGAAUAAAACACCCAACUGUGUGGUGCAGUUGAACACCCUACCCAACAGCUGUAUGAUUAAUUAGAUAUUAUUGUAAUGGGAACAUCUAUGGUGUUUCUGAAUCUUCUACCUCUUUCAUGUAUUUCCUUUAGUAAGUGAACCCAACACUUGCAGCCUUUUAAUGUAUUUUUUUAACUUUUACGUCUCUCAAUAAAGUCAGAUAUAUGUAAGAUUAAAUUAAGAAAUGUUUAAAGAUGUUGGCAGCUGUAAAAUAUGUAAGAUUUUUAGAAGCAUUAUAUUUUAUGAUUAGGCUGUAUGUUGGAUUAUGACAAAAUAUUGGCCAUGGCAUUCAAAUGAUUUUCCUUCACAGUCAAAAGGUUCUGGUAAGUAUUUGGAAAAAGACAAAUAUAUAGGAGUGCAAGUGGGUGCAGACUGACCAUCUGGAAGGAGGCAGUCACUUGUAACUGCUUUAGGGAAAGAUUCUUCAUUUUUGUGAAAGGUAAAUAUAUCGAUCAGCACUGAAGAAUAUUUUUUGCAAUUAUUUACUUUGAGUGUAGCUAUCUGGAUUAAAGAUAGUUAAUAGCACGUAGCUCAUGAAAUUUGGGUCUGAGCCAUAACUUGGAAUCAGUAUAUUUUUUGUUGAUUUCACUGGACUUUGAGCAGGACCCUCAGGAGUUCACCCACAUUAGGACAUUAUGAUAACCCGAUCGUCGCUGUAUUACUGUCGCCUGGAAGCUGGUUUUUCCCUCCCAUAUUCAUAUCUUGUCUUUAGUAACUGGACUGUUCAUCAUGUGCCUUUUAUGGUAUUUUUUGGAUAUAAACUGGCAUGUAGUUUUGAAUAAUCCUGUUAGACUUCUGUGCGUAUCUUAUGUUUACCACUGUUUACUCUUCCCUUUCCAUUUUGCCUUACCAAGAAGCAGCAAGAUUUGGCAGACAGAACAGGAUAUAACACACUGGCUCUUUCUGCUGUGCUUAUAGCUUCUUGUUUUGCAAACAAAUGGCCCUUCUGACUGUAUUUUCAAUGUGGUGUGUACUUCCAGCUUCUUUUGUUUUGGUAUAAUUCAUUUGUAGCAUAUGAUCAUACAAUUACAUGUGUAGUGUACCUUGAACAUUCACCUUCACAUUUGGAGAUAUGUAGUGACUGGAAGUCUAGUACUAAGCACUAAGUUUAAGUUAAAUAAAUGCUGACUUUCACUUUGGUGGUCUAGAGUGGGAGUAUCACAGAACUUGUAUUUUUGCAAAAUUCUUCUGCAGAGAACUUCGGAACAGGUUGGUAACUUGGGAGACCUGAACUGGCAGGGCCAUGUGAGCCUCCCAGGCCAGUGGAGAUUGGACAGAGAAGUUGUUUGCUUACAAGCUGCCAUUUCCUACUUUUAAAAUGUAGUGUGCUGGAAAGCUACCAGAUUAAUAACCGUGAAGAUUGCAAAUAUUUGUAUCCACUGUAGUUAGUUACUCUGGCAAUAGCAAUAUAAACUGCCGCAUAAUACCUCAUCCAGACUAAAAGAGAGUAUUUGUCACUAAUAUAGCUCAGUCAUUUUGACUCUUUGACACUCAUCCUUUUUUUUUUUUUUUUUGGUUUUAUAUU